AUCAUCAUCAUCAUCAGGGUGACGCGCGUUCCUGGGACUCCAUCUUCCCAUCAGUUAUGUAACAUCAUCGGGCGACGCAGGGAUGCUUCAACCGUCGGACGACUUUGCGUAACGAGAUCUUCCAAUAAAGCGGGACAUCGUCAGUGGGAACGUUGUCGGCCAUCACUUGGGACUACAAACAACCCCGACCUGGAUUCCUGUAACGACUGAAAAUUAUCCGUUCGACCCUGAUGGAAGUGCUAAGGGUUUUCGUUCUAAUAAUUGGACUAUCAGCAACCUGCUUCUGCAGUCACAACGGUCAUACGACAAGCUGGGCACUGCAACAGCAGCGUAUCAGUCAAGACGAACAAGAAGAACACGACCGUUCUUUUCAAACGAUCCUCCACAGACACAAGAGGACCAGACGCGACUCGACGAGCGACAAAGUUCCGGUAAUCAUCGCCGACACUGGCAGCGCUCCGGAAGUACGUCGAUUGUCCUUCUUCCGGCCACAGGGUUUAAUCGGUUUCAUCAAGCAACUGUCCAAGAACCACAACAAUAAGAAAACGGCACCCGACGAAGCCACCAACAGUAAUGACAAAGUCUCGCGCAGACACGUCGAACCUCUCGCGAAAUUAGAACUCGUCGGCCGGGAUGUUGGUAAUAAGAGUGACCUGGCUAAGGUCACGUCGAAUGUCACGGCUAGUUCAAAGGAUGACCAGAACCUGGCGCUCCUGACGCAAUUAGUGUACUCUUUCAUAAAUUCGGAACCUAGCGAAGGGGACAAGCAGGACUUCCCCAAAGAACAGGAGCAGCUUUCAGAGACCGGGGACCUCCUAGUCGUUCCGGACGUCAUCGGAAGAGACAAGCGCGCUUUGGAACGACUACGGCACUACCUCGAGCUCUUGACCGUUAACAUGAAUCCCGAGGACUCUGCGUCGCCGUCCCACGGUGACAACACGAAGGAAGGGGUGAAAGCGUCCAAUAAGGGACGGCCAAUAGGGUCAUCGCAGGAAGACGCGUCCGCCGCAAAUUUAGCUGUCAUUGGCGGGCUUCUGGCAAGUCUCGAAGAACCUCAGGCUCAGCGAGACUACCUGCACUUGGACUACAACGUUGAACACCUGGGUCGCUUGAAGAACGACGACGGUAAUGGCGACGAAGAGAGACAGCACCACUUUCGUGGGUCAGUGAAAGGCGGUAACGCACAUGCAAGUAAAAAAUUAAAAUUUCGAGCGAACGCCUACGCGAAUAAUAAGCCCGCGUAUAGGAAGCACCUACGAGAGACGAAGCGACUUCUCCAGGAACUGUUGCUCCAGUUGAACAGGAAGAAGGCUCGCUUAGUCGCCUGA